GUGACCCCCACCCCCCACCUCCUCCACCCUUCCAGACGGUCGCGAUGGACUUCGUGCUGAGCGGAACGGCGGCGUGCGGAGCCUGCGUCUUCACCAACCCGCUGGAGGUCGUGAAGACGCGAAUGCAGCUCCAGGGAGAGCUCCAGAGCCGAGGCUCGUACCGGGUUCACUACCGCAACGUCUUCCACGCGUUUUACACGAUCGGCAGGGUGGACGGACUGGCCGGCUUACAGAAAGGACUCGCCCCCGGGCUCGUGUAUCAGUUCGUCAUGAACGGGAUCAGACUCGGCUCUUACGCCAUCAUCGAGUCCGCCGGAUACAUCCACACCAACGGAAGGGUCAGCGCGGCCAAAACCACCGUGGCCGGGGCUGUGGCCGGAGUGGUGGGGGCCGUGAUUGGAAGUCCCGUAUACCUGGUGAAGACUCAUCUGCAGAGUCAGUCUACCGCCUCCAUCGCAGUUGGACAUCAGCACAGACACCCGGGGAUGAUCCUCGCUCUGGCAGCUAUCUACAAGGAGCACGGCCUCCUGGGACUGUGGAGGGGCUCUAGUGCAGCCGUACCAAGGGUCAGCGUGGGCUCAGCCGCACAGCUCUCCACCUUCUCCUCCUCCAAGGAGUUUGUGGUUGACCUGCAGGUGUUCCCAAAGAACAGCUGGUUGGUGGCCCUGAGUGCCGGCAUGAUCAGCAGCGUGGUGGUGGUAAUGGCCAUGACGCCUUUUGAUGUAGUGAGCACGCGGCUCUACAACCAGCCUGUGGAUCAUCUGGGCAAGGGGCAGCUUUAUAAAGGAUUCGCUGACUGCUUUUCCAAGACGCUGAGGAAGGAGGGCUUGGUGGGACUCUACAAAGGCUUGGGAGCCUCUUAUUUCCGGCUGGGCCCGCACACCAUUCUGUCUUUGUUCUUCUGGGAUGAACUACGCAAACUGUACCACGAGUGCAGAUAACACCAGUAAAAUGUGUAACGCAUUAAGCCCUUAGUGCGGGGGCUAAUGAUUCCUCGUGGAAUGAGGAAGCUCUUAUGAGGUUAAAGACAAAACAGCAAAUGGCCGUCUUUCUCAACGGGAUAGAGAUUAAAGGUCACAUUUUACACUCCAAUAACAAGAGACUUUGCUACAUUCAAAAGUGUGACUAUGAAGGUGAAAAGAAGCAUCAUAUGUGCACACGUAUGAUAGGUGGGAUAGGAACUUAAAGAAUAAUGAAUGAAUACCGGCGUGUCCCUGAGCAAGACACCUAACCCCUAAUUGCUCCCCAGGCAAAAAGUAACGCGUGGGUUAUAAUGGAAUGUAAGUUGCUUUAGAUAAAAGCGUCAGCUAAAUGACGUGUAAUGAACAUCAUUUUAAAACCUUUAUAGCACCUUAACUCCUUGGUUAUGCUAUUACCAAAGAUAUAACCAUGUAAAGUGUCUGAUUAUUUUGAAAAGCGCUAUAUAAAUGAAAUGUGUUAUUAUCAUAACUAAUUCUGGACCCUAAGAAUUGUUCCCCACAACAGAGGCACAAAAACGGAAACAAAUGUUUGAUGCAAAUGUAAAAGCUUCAUUUUUGACACACCACACGGACAGAACAAAUUCUCUCUGACUGUUAUCCAGGGAAUAAGACUACCUCCAUGUUCUUUAUGAUUUUAACUUGUACGGUUUGAAUGUACAGACUGCAGGGCACCAAAAUCGUCAGCGUUGCUUAAUGCUUUACGAGCGCCUAUUUUUAAUAGAGACUGGUGCAUCCGUCCCGAUGGCACUGGAAGGCGUAUUGUCGUAGCAAUAGUUGCGUCAUGGUCUGUGUGCUACAUAUUACACCAUUCUUCAGAGCUCUAGUUGGGAGCCUGAUUUGGGUCCUUUUUCCUUCAAAAUGCAUCAUACUCAAUGUCAAGUUUCACAUGGACUGAAUAUGAAACCAAAAGAAUUUACAUUUGGCUAUAGCUUGGGCUAAUUUGCGUCGCCUAUGCAAUAAUAUAGAGUUUAAUAAAAUAGAUUUUACAAUUUAAUAGAAUAUGCUAAUUAAGGUACAGCGUCACUUAAUCCCUUGAAGGCUGGUUACAUAUUGACACAGGUUUCAAUUGUCAAAUAUAAAGAUUUCCUUACCAAUAUUCUUAUAUGUUUCUGGUGGUAAGCUGUUAGCUGCACAAAUCUGUUUCUAUUUACAUUGUACAUUAAAUGUUAUUAAAACUAUUUUAACUAAAAUGACAGUUGUGUUGUCUGUGCUACAUAUUACACCAUUCUUAAGCGCUCUAGGUGUGAGCCUGAUCUAGGUGUGGGUCAUUUUUCCUUCAAAAUGCAUUAUACUCAAUGUGAAAGCUUUACAUGGACUGAACUGAAUAUUAAACCAGAGGAAAUUACGUUUUCAAUAAUGUUAUACUCAACCUACAGUACUAUGGCCUUCUACUAUUUUUAGGGUGUCUUAGUUUGCAACAUAAGGUUUGUUUCCUCAAGAAUUAGUUUACACAACUUGAUAUAAUCAUGGGACCACUAGAAUUGACCAAUUGGGGAACUUCUCAGCCGAAAAUUUGGAGAAGUGAAGUACUUGUUUACACAUUUCA